GGCAACAGAUUCUUGGUGGACAAUCUCAUAUCCCCUCCUGGGAACGUGAUGAAAAAUGUCUUUGGAAAAAUAGCUUUAUGAAGGCCAGAGGAACUUUAGGAACCAGCAAGACAUGUCCGAAAGCUCCUCAGGUCAAAACACAAGCAGUCAGAUUUGCCCAUCUAGUUCAUCAUACUGCUCUGGUCCGAGUGAGUCACACGCUUGGUCAGCUCUGUCAAGGAACAGAACAUUUCAUCCACAUUCGGAUUCUGGAAUAUCAUCCCCGCUUCCUUCAGACUCUUUCAAGUACCUUACUUGGCACAAGGUCGAACAACAUGACAUUCAAGGAAGUCAACUGCGUUGCCCAAGAGUAAGAGAAGGACCCUCCACAGAAGAGCUGCUCUUCAGACAGGAGGAGUGCACCUGGCCUGCUGGGAAAAGAGUCCUGGAAAAAAACAAAUGGGAAACAUGGCUGCAAGAAAACUGGGAGGACUGCACGAAUUUGAACCUUUCAUUUCAGGAUUUAGGGGACUCUUAUCAAGUUGCAAAUUUUAACAGGAUUCUUAGAAGACUAAUUCGAGUUGAAACCCUCUGGUUAGUGGAUAAUUCACUGGUGGACUUAAGUGCCAUAAGAUUGCCAAGAUGCAGAGUUUUAAAUAUGAACAAAAACCAUCUCACAUCUUUCAAACAAUUGCCAAAGAUACCUCAGAUACAGCAUUUAUCUUUGGCUGAAAACCACAUUGAGUCUCUGACUGGGCUCUCAAGUUUAUGGUGCACUCCACUAGAAUCCCUUACGCUCAAGAGGAACCCCUGUGAGUUUCACCGAAAUUACCGGAAACGAGUGUUCUCCUGUUUGCCAAACUUAAAAAUGCUGGAUGGAAUCCCGAAGCUACCAGAAGAUUCUUCACCACCAGAAGCCAAUAUUUUUUUAAAAAUGUGUAUUAUAUCAUAAUGCAAUUUGUAUAAAAAGAAAGCCAUCACUAUUGUCUCUAAAAGCUCAUAAAUACAAGAGAUACAUACUAAAUAUUGUCACUUACCAUGUAUAUGUCAUAUAUAUGAUAUAUUUAUAUAUUGCUUUCCUUUAAAUUAGUGAUCUCUAGUUUUGUUUUAUUU